GAACUGGAUCCACGAGCUCCUGACUUUGUGUUGCACUACAUGCGUCUUCGAUGGUUCUUGCAAGUUUCACACUGGGUAUAUGGAAUGGGCGAGUUUGUGAGUGAUGCCCUUCUGGUACCAGACAAAUGCAAGUUCCUUCACCAGGAAAGGAUGGAUGUGUGUGAAACUCAUCUGCACUGGCAUACUGUUGCUAAAGAGUCAUGUAGUGAGAAGAGUAUGAAUCUACACGACUAUGGCAUGCUGCUGCCCUGUGGAAUCGACAAGUUUCGUGGUGUGGAGUUUGUUUGCUGCCCAUUAGCAGAGGAAAGCGACAAUCUUGAUUCAGCUGAUGCCGAAGAUGAUGAUUCAGAUGUCUGGUGGGGAGGUGCAGAUGCAGACUAUGCAGAUGGAAGCGAUGAUAAGGUAGUAGAAGAACAAGCAGAGGAAGAUGAGGAGCUAACUGUUGUGGAAGAUGAAGAUGCUGAUGACGACGAUGAUGAUGGUGAUGAAAUUGAAGAAGAGACAGAGGAAGAAUAUGAGGAGGCAGCUGAAAGAACUACUAGUAUUGCAACCACUACCACCACGACUACAGAGUCUGUGGAAGAGGUUGUCAGAG